CGGGCGCAGUUUCACGGCAUCUCCAGUGGAGGACUGCUGGAGUCUACCUGAAAUCUCUUCUGCCGCUGCAGUACAUUCUUCCCAUCCGUGGCGCCGCCGAGCAAACAGUGACCGAAAGCCGCUGCUGUUCUUUCCCGUUUCUGCACUUGUCUACUCGCAAAAAGCACUUGCCCAGCGCAGCACGAUCUCCAUCCCCCAAUCCUCCGGCUGCGCCUUACCGCGCGGCACGUUCUCACCCCGCGGUCCCCGUCCCGCCGUGCUAGGCUGUGAAGCAGAUCGCCUCACGUCACGGUAUCACACCACGCCGACGCGCGAUCCUCACUUGGCUCGGGAUCGAUUGGUUCGUCCUCGUCGCCGCCCCCAUGGCGAUGUAUCGCCCCGUGCCGCCCAACACGGCCGCGCGCCGCCCGCGCCUCGCCGUGCUCCUCCUGCUCGGCUUCUUCGCCCUCCAGCUCCUCGUCUUCCUCACCUUCCGCUCCGUGCGGUCCCCUCCCGCCCCAUCCGCCGCCGUCGCCGCCUCCUCCUCAGUGCCGGUGCCGACUUGCCGGGACGACAAGGAUUCCAGCUGCGGGGGCGGGCUGGUGUACGUCUACGACCUCCCCGCGGUCUUCAAUGAGGACCUGCUGGGGUUGUGCGACGCGCUCGCGCCAUGGUACUCGCUGUGCCCCUAUCUUGCCAACGACGGGCUCGGGUUCCCCGCCGAAGGGACCAACCUGUCGGCGAUCCUGCCGCGCGAGCUGCUCGGGUCGUGGUACGCGUCCGACCAGUUCGCGCUGGAGCACAUCGUCCACCGCCGCCUGCUCUCGCACCGGUGCCGCACCGCCGACCCGGCUCGCGCCGCCGCGUUCUUCGUGCCGUUCUACGCGGGGCUCGCCGUGGGGCGCCACCUGUGGGCGGCCAACGCCAGCGACGCCGACAGGGACAGGGACUGCGUCGCGCUGCUGUCGUGGCUGCACGCGCAGCCGUACUACAAGCUGUCCCACGGCUGGGACCACUUCAUCGCGCUGGGACGCAUCACGUGGGACUUCCGCCGCACGCCGGACGGCGGCGGGUGGGGUGGCAGCUUCCUCACCAUGCCCAGGGUGGCCAACGUGACGCGCCUCAUCAUCGAGCGCGAUCCAUGGGACGCCAUGGACGUCGGCAUCCCGUACCCCACCGGCUUCCACCCGCGCACCGCAGCCGACGUGCACGCGUGGCAGCGGUACAUCGCGCGACGCCCGCGCCCCAGGCUUUUCGCCUUCGCCGGAGCUCCGCGGUCGGCCAUCAAGGGCGACUUCCGCGCUCUGCUGCUGGAGGAAUGCCAGGCGGCCGGGGCCGCGUGCGGCGCGCUGGACUGCGCCGAGGGCAAGUGCAUCAAGAACAAUGCGCUCGUCAUGCAGCUGUUCAUGGGUGCCAGGUUCUGCCUGCAGCCGCGCGGGGACAGCUUCACGCGGCGGUCGCUGUUCGACUGCAUGGUGGCCGGCGCCGUCCCGGUGCUGUUCUGGCGGCGGAGCGCGUACCAGCAGUACGGGUGGUACCUGCCUGUGGGCGGGCGCGAGGGCGAAUGGUCCGUGUUCAUCGACCGCAACCAGCUCCGCGCCGGGAACGUCACCGUGCGCGGCGCGCUGGCGGCCAUCCCGGAGUCGCGGGUGCGGUUGAUGCGGAAGCGCGUGGUGAAGAUGAUCCCGAGGCUAGUGUACUCCUCGGCUGACGAGGAGGGGCUUGGCGGCGACAUGAAGGAUGCUGUGGACGUCAUGGUCGACGGCAUGCUGCGGCGGGUCGCCGAACAGCGCCGGAGCUGGAGGAGAUCGUAAUUUAGUUACCGGCGAGAACCGAACUGCUGGCUCCUUCUACAGUUUCUUUUUUCUCUCUUGGAUUCUUUGAAUCUUUGUGUGAAGGAUUUUGCGCCGGAAAUAUUACUGCGCGUAGUCUCACAUUGUAUUAGUGCGGUUGUAGGUUUAAAUUUACAUGCGUUGCAACAUAAUCAGAGUAUAAAUUCACAUACGGUGUUUUGCUGUGUUCUGACUUGCUGCUG